GUGUGUGUGUGUGUGUGUGUGGCGACAAGAUCUCUCUGUCAGAUACACUCACACACACACACACUCAGCCCUCUGAAAUAUUUACCAGCCUCAUGUGGGGAAAUCUCUCAGGAUUAUCCCCAAUAACCUGUUUAACUUAAUCCUUAUCUCUCACACAUGAAUAAUAAAUCUCCCCCCCCACUCUCUCCCUCUCUCCGAAGGAGGACUGAGAAGUAACGCCUCUCUCACCUUCCUCUCCAUCACCCUCCCUCCCUCCUUCUCCCUCCUCACACACUCACUCCAUCUGCUUCAUGAACAUGAGCCGGCUGCUUUCUCUGCCUCUCCGAGCGUCUUUGAGCUGUUCUGACAUAUGCGCUCAGCUUUUACCCUCCCAUCCCCAUACCUCCCCUCUCCCUCUCUCUCUCUCUCUCUCUCUCUCCCCUCAUUUCCAGGACAGGAAGAGGAACGGUAGCAGGGUGCACCGGAGGAAACUGACCACAAUGACAGGGAGAGGAAGUGGGCAGCGACCUGCAUGAGAGAGGGGACCAGCUGUGGUUGGACACUGGAUGAGAAAACCACAUCAGAGGCGACAGGAGGUGGAAAAAGAGCCAAAGAGCCCCCCAAAAAAACCUCAACGACCUGGACGAUAAAGAGCUUUUUUUCUUUUAAUACAAAACUUUAAAAGCCGGAAGCGGCUACCUGUUUGAGAGAUAAGAAACGACGACGACGACAACACAGGAAGAGCGAUUACUUCUCAUUCGAGAGGAAUCAAACCGUACUUCAUCCACUCCGACGUGGAAGAGGAUUUGUUCCAGAAACCUGGUGAGAAAAGAGAGAGAGAGAGAAAUCCCAGAACUGCAACACCUGCUGCUCCCUUUCAACAUCGGAAAGAAAACCUGCGGCUCACAAGAAGAAACGGAGAGAGCGCGACGAAGACUCGUAGCGGCGGUGGUGGUUUGACUCCCCGCUGAGCAUCCGACCACCAACCAGCCACUCGUCUCCACCACGACCGGCCACGAUAAAUAAAAAGGAGCACCGUGAAGGAUUUAGGGCUUCAUUUUGUACCGUAAUACAUUUUUUUUUAAAGGGUCUGGUUCUACUUGGCUUCGACCAUCUGUCUGUGUGAUGAUGGCUUGGCUCCAGCUGUGGACUACGGGGCUUAUGGCCAUUGUGUCCGUCGCUCUCGCUGCCGCUGGAGAUUCUGGCCUCCGCGCGGCGGAAGGCCACGAGGAGAUCGUGAAGAAGGAGUCCCAUCCGGUCCUGUUCAGGCAGAAGAGGGAUUGGAUCUGGAACUCUCUUUACGUGGAAGAGGAGAAACCUGCGCCCGUCGCCUACAAGAUAGGACAGCUGAAGUCGAGCCAGAUGGUGGAUGUGAAGAGCUUCAAAAUAGAAGGUGAAGGAGCAAACACCAUCUUCACCGUGGAUCACAAAGGUGACCUGUUCGUCACCAGAUCUCUGGACCGAGAGGAGAAGAACGCGUACCAUUUGACCGCCAAGAUGUAUGAUGGGAACAACAAGUUGAUAGAGGACUCGGGAGAAUUUCUUGUCCAGGUGACGGAUAUCAACGACAACACCCCAGUUUUCACCGGAACAUAUAACAGAUCCAUAACGGAGAGGUCCACGAUAGGAACUAAGGUAGUGGAGGUGAGGGCGACCGAUGCGGAUGACCCCACCACUGCUAACGCAGAGCUCCGGUACUCUCUGAUACCAAACGGAGACAUUUCUCCCUUCGGGAUCGACAGCAUCACGGGUGCGAUCAGCUGCAAGACAAACACUCUGGACCGGGAAACCAAAAGCCAGUAUGUGUUGGUGGUCAAAGCUCAGGACAUGAGAGGGAUGGCCUCCGGCAGCACAUCCACCACCUCUGUCACCAUCACCGUCGCCGACGCCAACGACAACAUCGCUUCUUUCACCCGAAAGACGUAUGAACUGCUCGUUCAAGAGGACCACAAGUUGAAUGAGAAGAUAGGAACUCUGGAGUUGGAGGACCGAGAUCUGAUUCAGAACAAAGAGCCCAUCUUCACCAUCCCAAAUGAAAACGAAAAAAAAGUGUUCGGCGUUGAACUCAGUAGCCCCGACAAGGACGGCGACCUCAUGCUCCGACAGGCUCUGGACUACGAGACGACGAGCAGCUUCACUUUCACCGUCCAGGUGCGAGAAAACCUGAAAAACCUGCGUUUCCCCGCGGACAACGUGAACAGUGCCGUCACCAGCGCCCAGGUGAACGUCAAGGUGCUGGACGUGGACGAGGCGCCGGUCUUCUCGCAGCCCGUCUACACGUUCACGGUGGUGGAGGAACGUCUGGUGAACAACGUGGGAACCGUCACGGCCAGAGAUCCGGACAAAGUCAACAAGAGCAUUCGGUACUCCAUCUCAGACAAGGACUGUCCCGUCAGUAUCAACCCGUUCACCGGUCAGCUGUCCACCCUCAGGAUGUUGGACCGAGAGCUGGAGGCCACACACAUGUUUCAAGUUAAAGCACAGGAGGAGCCAAGUGGUCUGGAGUCGUUUGUGAAGGUCAACAUUAUCGUCCAGGACAUCAAUGACAACAAGCCUGAACUGACCGUGGACGAGAUCUUCGUAUGCGAGAACGACCUCACUGACACGGUGAUCGGAACCCUGCGAGCCGCAGACAAAGACGACCAGCCGGCUUCCUUCAGUUUCAGCUUGGCCAGCGAGAGCUCCAACUUCUCCAUCAGAGACUCCGGCAACGGCACGGCGGACGUCACGGUGAAGCAGGGCCCGUUCAGCCUGGACGACCCCAAGGAUUACAGCGUGGAUGUGCGCAUCGGUGACGGAGGGCGGCCCGUCCAGACCAGCGUCACCAAGCUGUCAAUCAAGUCGUGUCGGUGCGACGCCAGGCGGAUUCCCACGCAGUGCAAAGCUGGCGCCCGGAGGAUGGGAGUGAGCGUCCAUGCCCUGAUCGCCAUCCUGCUCUGCAUCCUGACCAUCCUGGUCAUCGUGAUCCUGUUUGUGAUGAGGAAACGAUACCAGAAGGACUCUCUGGCCAACCUGAAGAACAGCGGAGAGAUUCACGAGCAGCUGGUCACCUACGACGAGGAGGGAGGAGGCGAGAUGGACACUAACGGCUACGACGUCUCGAUCCUCUCCUCCGCUUGCCACGACGGCUCCCUGCUCCGCCACCCGGACCGCCACCCCCACCCGGACCGCCACCCCCACCCGUCUCUCUACGCCAUGGUGCAGAAGCCGCCGCCCCCCCACCCCCACCACCACCACGCGCAGCAGCAGCAGCCCACCGCCUGCAAGGGCGACAUGGCCGUGAUGAUCGAGGUGAAGAAGGACGAGGCGGACCACGACAGGGACGGCUUCCCGUACGACACCCUCCACAUCUACGGCUACGAGGGCCCCGAGUCCCUAGCCGGGAGCCUCAGCUCUCUGGGGAGCUCCUCCACGGGUUCGAACUUGGAUUACGACUUCCUGAACGACUGGGGACCGAGGUUCAGGACCCUGGCCGAGCUGUACGGCGUGGACGCGCCCGACUACUACCAUCAAUACUGACGGAGGCCAGCUGCUGACGAGCCGUAUAUGGGAUGCCAAAAUACACAAACACACAUCGAAAAAAAAAAGAGCCAUAGAAAACACACACACACACACACAUAGCCAAACGUAGGUAGGGCAUACACACACACACACUCGCACUCGUAGAACCAGGAUUUGACGCCGUCCAUUUAGUUUUAUUCUGACGACACGGUGCCCUUUUGGCUCCUCCUCCUCCGUCCGUAUCGCCAGGACGUGACCGUGUUGUGAAAGUCACCUGAGAAGAUCUCAAAGUCCUCGAGUCAGAGUUUAUCUUGGGAUGAUUGGCGGGUUCAUUCGAGUCACGGCUUAACGUUAAUUCUUAAUGUCCGUUUGCGUUCAUUUUAUGUCUCGAAGCACCAUUUUGCAUCCCCUUUUUUAAACAAAAGAUUGAGUUGGGUAUCACGUCUCUUAAAAUGUGUUAUUUGUACACACCUGUAUGCACCGACACACACACACCUACCAAUGGUGCAUAUUUCUUAUGUAUGCAUAAUCCACAUUUUCAACAAUAACAACAACAAAAAAUAACAAAAUGUAGGUUUUAGUCUUCUUAAAUCAAAAAUGUACAUUAAUUCAUCAUCUUUAUAUGAGCUCAUCUAUGUACAUCGGCUAAUAUAAGCUUUCUUUUUUUUAUAUCAACGGUAUAUUUAUGUCCAACUGGGGAUGCAAAAUGGUGCAUUUGAGAAACAACAACUUUUUUUUAACCAUAUUAUUUUUCUGUCCAUAUGUCUUUCGCUGCUCUUUCAUAUCGACGGCCUGUAAUCUCUCUCUGAACUUUGAUGUUUUAUUGUUGUUUUCUUUGGACAAAAGGGCCAUAAGCACGGUGAGAACGGGGGUGAUUUGAUUUGUAAAUAUAACAUAUCGCUUCAGGUUUUUUUUUUUUUAUUGUUUGAGGUGAAGAACUCGAGCGGCCGCCAGAGCUUUUCACCUCAAAGAGUGUUCGAGGUGUUUGAUCUGAAACACUGAAGAGAGAGGCGCCUCCCAGGAAGGUUCAAGGCUGCAACACUCACAACAUCGGCUGUUGUCGUUGUUAAAGUUUAGAAAGCUGCACCAAAAGUUCCCGAUAUUUAGCAUUUCCUGCAGUUUAUUCAAGGGUGAAAAGCUGAAAACGAACCUGUCCGAUAUGAACGACGGGUCGUUUUGUGAAGAAAGGAAACGUCUGCCGUUCCCACGGCGACAGCAGGUUCCCAGGUCUCGUUUGACAGAACGUGUCAUCACAGUUAUUGUUUGCGAUGAAAGCCCCAAAAUCCUCAGAGGCCCAUCCAACGAGAGCCAUUCACACCACUCAGGAAGCACCGAGCGGCCGGUCGGGCCGGAUCGCUUUAACCUCUGGUCCGUUGGGGCUACCGGCACGUCAGAAACGCCCUCGUCCAAAAAUUAUCAUCUUGAAAUAUUUGAUUGUUUAAAUCUGUGAAAUGCCCCCAAAAAAAUGUCUUGAGAUUGAGCCUCAAGAUGCCUUUUUGUUUUUUUGCUAUAGAUAUUGUAUUCUAGAUAUUCAAUUUGCAAGUAAGCAGAAAAAAAGUCACAUUUAAGAAGUUAAGGACUUCUUUUGAGAAGUGACUCAUUAGCAAAAAUAGUUGAGUAAUUAUAAUCACGGGUGGUUGGCCAUUUGAAUGACAGAUCCCUUUGAUUGGGUUAUCUCUGAUAACGUGGAGGAUAUGAUUCAUAUAUUCCCGUGGACGACGGCUAUCGGGGACAUUUAAACAAUAUCUACAGACAUGUUGACCUAUUGUGUAAAAUUAAGGAUCUGGAGGUAAAUCAUAAAGUUAAAAAAAAAGGUCACCGCAACAUCGUAUGAAUCAGUUUAAAGUCCCCAUUAGCAUUAACGCAGUAAUGCGACAUUUAAAUACAUCGUUCUGCUGAAGACACGGCCGCAUAUCCUCGGGACCGUCCCUUUGUUUUUACAAAAAAUAUUGAGAGAAUACAGUUUAUUUAUUCUCCUGUUUAUUCUGUUUAGUUUGGACUUGAAGUUUGUUUCUUUUAAAGCUGCCGUUUGAUAAACGGUGGACACAAUAGCUGGAAGCCCUCUCAAUGCUUUCCUGUUGGGUUCAUAUUUGUAUUUAUAGUCCCUCACUCUCAGUCUCUCUCUCUCUCUCGUUCGCCUCACCGUAUCUCCACCACGCCUUCCCUCUCCUCGUCCUCUAAUCAGCUAAACCAAACAGUGAAGUCAACUUCCUGUCCUUUGCUCCCGCCCCUUCCUGUCCGGGUUAUCUCCGCCGUGGGCCACAACACAUUGUGCUCGCUUCCCGUUAGCCUUUUCCUGGGUAAACAACCUCGGAGGGGGAGAAAGGAGCGAGAAGGAGAAACAUGGGAGGACAAGGAACCAGGAGGAAAGAGGAGGAGAACAAUGGAGGGCAGUGAUGAGUUUUACAGCUGAGCAGAAACACUUGAGAUGAGUGUGAUGAAACGCCCACAUCCUGUUUGUGAACGCCGAGCUUUCACAAAUCAAUAACGAUUAGCCACAGUUCAAUCUUUAACAUUCAUAAUAGGUAACUCCUCACCUUCUUGGCUCUGAGUGGAAGAAAAUCUGAAUAUCAGCUUCUUUUUUUCCUUCAUUUUUUAAAGGUUUGCACUGACAAGCGGACCGAAAAGAUUGCUUUUGCAACAACAUUUGGUAUUCUACAUUUCUGCAAACUACGGGAAACGUUGAGUGUUGACUCGUAUGAAAAAUAAAUUUCAUAAACAAGCCUGGUACGACGCGGUUAACUUUUGAAACAAACGGUCAAGUUUAGGCAGCAAAACUACUUGUUUAAGGUUAAGAUCACGGUUAUUGUCAAAAUAAUAAUGUUCCAAUGUAGCGAAGCAACGCAACAGUGUAGAGCAACAACGUAACGUGACAACAGUGUAGAGCAACAACGUAACGUGACAACAGUGUAGAGCAACAAC